GGAUUUUACUUUGCGCGUGAGGAGCUUCCCAAAGAGCCAUCAGCGUGAGGUGCACUGAGGUGUGGGACCGAGGCAAUGGGCAGCUGAGCCAUGUGGGGUAACCCGCUGCUUCAGCGGCACGCAGCUGCACCGUGCCACAGCUCUCAGCCCGGGUCUUGUUCCUGCAGGCGUCACUGAGCUGCUCUCGGCUUUCCCCAGUUCAGAAUUCCUCUGAUGCACAGGUUUCUGCUUUAGGCUGACUGUGUGCUGAAAUAGAGAAGCUUCCAAGGCAUCCUGACCAAAUCUGAGUGACUUGAACAAAUCGUUGUCAAUCGCUUCUUAGACUCUCCUCAAAUUUCUGCGGCGUGGAAGUGCCGCAGCAUUUAAAAUAGCGUUGAGGGGCUUCUGACACUGUCAAAACCGCAUGUUUUCCCUAACCUUGGUAUUGAAAGCAGUUGAAUCUCUUGGCCUGUGAGAAUCCAAAGAAAUUAAACUGAGGUGAACAUUCAGCCUGCGCGCUGUCAGCCUGAGUGCUUGGAGUUUGGCAAAGAGAUGGGAGCGUGAACCCAAGAACAAAACAGAGGGGAACCCACAAAGGAGAGGUAUUGCUCUGCUGUUAGCCGAGUGAUUUGUGUUUUAUGACAUCCACUAUAAUAAUAAUAAAGUAAAUACCCAGCUCUGUGCAUGGAGCAUGCAAGGCUCCGGUCCUGAGUCCGUUACAAGCUUGCUGGGUGUGGCGUUUGGUGGUGGCGGGGCUGCUGCGUCUCUGUGCCAGGGUUACAUGUGGCUGGCAACAGAGCCUCUUCCAACUGUUGUUCGGCAGAGGUGCGAGGUGCAGAGGAGCCUCCUGGAGGACGGGCUGCCCUUCCUCGAGUUCUGCGGCUCCAUCGUUUACAGCCACGAGGCCAGCGACUGUUCCCUUCUCUCGGAAGAUAUCAGCUGAAGUGUAAGGAAAUAUGGAGCCUAAAUGGUUUGGUAAAACACCUUUUUGGGAAGCAGCUUCUGAAAGAUAAGACUGUCCGCUGCAGCAACUGGGAAAAGUUUCCACUCAAUGAGGAGCAGAAAUUGUAUGCAGCCACAGAUGCGUAUGCUGGCUUCAUCAUUUAUCAAAAACUGAAAAAUAUGAAUAGCAACGACAGGAAAUUAUUUGGGGAAAGAAGAGGUAACGUGUCAGAUGAUGUGAAGGAGCACCUGGCCUCACUAGCUGAAGAGAUGGUGUACCUGGCUUCUCGGAUCCCUGACUCAUCCGGACAACCUGGAAGCUUGCAGAGGGCUGCGGAAAUACUAGCUGACAUUUCAGAGAAUGUAAAAGCCUUAAGAAGCACUCUGCUUGCUGCUUCAUGUUUCCCUUCUGUACUGGAGAGGAGCUGUGGUGAAGCUCCAACAAAACUUGAAGUGGAAGCAGCAAGCGUUGAAGCACAAAAAGCUGAAAUCCCUGAACUUGCUAAAAAACUUGAAGGUGACAUCAACAUCUGCUCUGAUGCUACGCUAGCUGGCCUCUGGGAGGGAGAUGUUGAUGAAGGAGAAGCAGAGAGAGGUAACGCUGCUGUGGGAGAUGGGGAGGAAGCAGCUGGCUCUAAGGACAGAGCAGACAGAAAUGACUUCAUGUCGCUAGACAUUACUGAGCAAGAACUUCAGAUGUUGGAACAUCAGGCUGCAGAAGAAUAUCUCAACAAAACCGUGCCUGAGGAGGAAUGUGCCACAGAUAACAAACAUAAUAUUUCCUGUGUCAUUGAAAGCGAUGAAGAACUGGAAAUGGAGAUGCUUAAGUCUUUAGAAGAUGUAGACAGUUCUAAAGGGAUUUUGACUGAAAGUGAGUCCAGUAAAGCAAGGAAAACUCCGGAUGACACAGAAUUGAACAUUGCAGCAGAUGGAGAUGGAGAUGAAGAUGAAGGCAUUGAAGAAGAGGAGGAGGAAUGUUGGGAUCCGUUGCUGCCAGUACCUAGUGAAAUCCAGGUCACAUGUCUGAAGACUUAUUUUGGGCAUUCUUCUUUUAAACCGGUCCAGUGGAAAGUGAUCAGUUCUGUUUUGGAAGACAAAAGAGAUAAUCUUGUUGUAAUGGCAACUGGAUAUGGGAAAAGUUUGUGCUACCAGUUUCCUCCUGUUUACACUGGAUGUACUGGAAUAGUCAUCUGUCCUCUUAUUUCCUUGAUGGAAGACCAGGUACUGCAGCUGACAAUGUCAGGGAUUCCAGCUUGCUUGCUUGGUUCGGCUCAGUCGAAAAACGUCAGAGAUGGCAUUAAAGCGGGUCAAUACAGAGUCAUAUACAUGACACCUGAGUUCUGCUCAGGGAAUUUAGAUCUACUUCAGGAUCUUGACCAAGCUAUUGGUAUUGCCCUUAUAGCUGUUGACGAAGCUCACUGCAUUUCUGAAUGGGGCCACGACUUCAGAAAUUCCUUCAGAACCUUAGGCUCACUAAAGAAGACUCUGCCAAUGGUUCCCAUUGUUGCUUUAACUGCCACUGCAAGUCCCUCGAUUAGAGAAGACAUAGUGAAUUGCCUGAACCUGAAGAAUCCCCUGGUCACAUGUACGAGCUUUGACAGACCGAACCUGUACUUAGAAGUUGGACGACAGAGUGGAAAUAUCCUUAGGGAUCUGAAGCAGUUCCUUACUAGGAAAGGAAGCAGUUCUGAGUAUGAGUUUGAAGGCCCUACCAUCAUCUACUGCCCUUCAAAAAAGGCCACAGAAAAAGUUGUGUCUGAACUGACUAAACUCAAUGUGCUCUGUGGCAUGUACCAUGCUGGAAUGGGAAUUCAAAAAAGGAGAGAGACCCACCACCAGUUCAUGCGGGAUGAAAUUCAGUGUAUUGUGGCUACAGUGGCAUUCGGAAUGGGCAUCAAUAAAGCAGAUAUCCGGAUGGUUAUUCAUUACGGUGCCCCUAAGGAAAUGGAAUCCUAUUAUCAAGAAAUUGGGAGAGCUGGUCGCGAUGGGCUUCCUGCUUCUUGUCAUGUCUUGUGGGCUCCAGCAGACUUGACUUUUAACAGACAUCUUCUAACUGACAUACGCAGUGAAAAGUUCCGAUUGUACAAACUGAAGAUGUUGGAAAAAAUGGAGAAGUACCUUACCUCAAAUAGCUGCAGGAGGAAAAUCAUUCUGUCUCAUUUCGAAGACAAACAACUCCGAAAGGUCUCCUCUGGCAUCAUGGGCACAGACGAGUGCUGUGAUAACUGCAGGUGCAGAACCUCCUGUCUUGCGACCUCCAGUGACUCAGAAGGAGGCUUACAGGACUUUGGAAAGCAAGCAUAUCAGCUGCUGUCUGCAGUGUGCGCCCUGGAAGAGAAGUUUGGAACUACAGUUCCCAUUUUGUUUCUACGAGGAUCUAAUUCCCAGCGUCUGCCAGAGAGGUACCGAAAGCAUGCUCUUUACGGUAGUGGGAAGGACUUGACAGAGAGCUGGUGGAAGUCACUCUGCCAACAGUUGAUAAUGGAAGGAUUCCUCAAAGAAGUCUCUGGGCGUAGCAAGUUUAUGACCACGUGUGGGCUUACCCAGAAGGGAAGAAAUUGGCUUUUGAAAGCUGGAUCUACCUCAAAUCCAAGUCUUCUGUUACAGUCCAAUGAAGACUUAAACCUACAGAGACCUCCUAGAAGUAGAUCUUCACCUGUGGUGUCAAUGCAGGGCUCCCUGAGCACAAAAGGAACAAAGCAGUCACCAGUCAAGCAGAUAUCUUUGUAUGAAAUGUUUUCAUAUGAGAAAACAGCUGGAAUGCCUUCAAGAAGGAAUACCAUGCUUAACAGUUUCCCGGAGCACUCGCCUGUGAGAUCUCCUUUGAAGUCCCGAGAACCUGUUUCAUCUCCGGAAAAAGAACUAGAGACUGCUCUGUAUGGCAAGCUGUUGACUGCUAGACAGACAGUAGCUAAUGAGAAGGCAAUUCCUCCAGCUGUCUUGGCAACCAACAAGAUCCUGGUGGAGAUGGCCCGAAUAAGGCCUACAACUGUUGAGAAUGUGAAGAGGAUUGAAGGUGUAUCUGAAGCAAAAUCAACCAUGUUGGUCCCUCUCCUGGCUGAAAUUAAGGACUUCUGCAAAGUGAAUGGUUUGCAGACGGACGCAUUCCCUACAUCUGGACCUACAGAUCAGAAAGAGGCAUCUCACCGGAAGCAUGCUAGAGCCCUUUCUCCCUCAGAGCAUGUCACAUACGUCUUGUUCCAAGACAAAAAUCUCUCCGUGAGGACUAUAAGUGAGACCAGAUCUCUUCCUCUUUCUGAGAUUGGCACUCACCUGCUCCAGGCGAUGAAAGCUGGCUAUCCUGUCAACCUGGAGCGAGCAGGUUUGACUCCUGAAGUUAAACAGAUCAUUUCUGAUGUUAUCCGUAAUCCUCCUAUUGACUCAGACACCACCAAAAUUCAAGCAAUUAGGACACUUGUUCCUGCAAAUAUUGAACUGUAUCUCAUCCAGAUGGCUAUUGCAUUAUUGGAGAAAGAGAAUGGAAAUAAGGCUCAGCGUGGGUCAGGUGUUAAAAGGGUGUUGGUAUGGUCGGAUGGGCAGCAGGAAAAAAGAGGAGCAGACCAAGCAAGCAAGGAAGAUGCUUUGUGGAGUGAAAGAAAGGGUAAUUUGAUCAAUCCUGUGCUGAAGGAAGGAGCUGAAAAAACAAAUCCACAAGUGCUGCCCUCAGCUUCGGCGCAGAGCACAGAUGACACCCAGCCAGGUGACAGGGGUGCAGCGGGUCACACGAAGCCCAUCGCAUUGGCCUCCUGGAACCAGCCAGCCCUCAAUCCUGAGGAGGAGGAACUGUUUGCUGACUCUCAGCCAAAGAGUUCACAACCCCCUUGUAAGAGGAAGGUGCCUGCAUGGUUUGGAGCCUCGGCAGCCCCUGUUGUGCCUGUGCCCCAGACCAAGAAACCCAAAGCGGACACAAGAAAAGGAAUCUUUAACUGAAGAUUUAUUUUUUGUAAGAAGUGUACGUGUACAAAUGUUAGAUGUAUUAUGACAAACUACUUUAUACGGAGCAAUAUUUUAUAUGUAGCACUGAUGCCUGAUUUUGCUUGAUCUAUGCUUUUUUUUCACUGUGUGAAAGUCUUAUUAA